AGUAAUUCCGUAGGAUAUUUUACAGAAUAGAGUCUGUACUUUGACACUUCUGUUGCAUACACUGCUGUAGAAUAAUGGCACAAACAGAACAAAUUUACAGCCGGGAUCAAGCUGGUGCCUCUCAACUUGAAGAUGAUAAGAAGGAAUCGGAACUCAUCUCUGAAGUUUUAAAUGAAAUCAGCAUGUGUGUGAGAGAGGACGAGCACAAUGAACUUGUUGAAACUUUUCCAGACGAAGAAAAGGGUGAUGUAGCACCUGAAUCAAAGAUAAGUUGUGCAAGGUGCGUCAGUCAUGUCAGGGUGGAACGGGUAUCACAACUCAAGAAAGGCCUCCAUAUAGCUAUGCCUGGCAAGCAGAUUUUGCACGGGUAUGACUCUUCGAACAGAAAGCAAAAAUGGAUAUAUAUGCACCACGCGAUUGUUAAGGAUAUCGUUGCAAUGGAUGAUAAGAAAUACAUUGCCGAGGUUAAACUCAUUCACAUGUGGGAAAACGAAAGAAGAGAACUUGGACUUUGUGAAUCGGUCGCAACAUUUGCUCUGACGAAUGACGAGCUCUAUAUAGUGGUAUAUAGACAUCCAAGAUACACACCAAACCAGAUUGUAGAACGAGCUGAAAAAGCAUUGAAUGAUCGUGAAAACGCUCGUAUGGAGUCCAGAAAGAUCAGAUUCAGUGACUAUAACCUUGUCACAACGAAUUGCGAGCAUUUUGCCACAUGGUGUGUGGUUGGACUAAUCAAAAGUCAUAAUGAAUUGCACUGGUGGAAGCAACUGGGGCAGAAAAUUCUUGAAUUCGGCGAGAGUGAACAAGUUAUGGAAAUGAAAGCGCGUAUUGUUGAAGUAUUUGGAGAUGGAAGCAUGGUAUUUAAAUUCCUCUCAAAAUUGUUAUAUCAGUCUUCUGAUGAAAUUGCUAAGGUUGUGAAUGUAGGGAUGCCAGAUGCUAGCACAGUACUAGGUGGGGCCGCAGCCUCUUAUAUUCUAUACUGCUUGGUGAUGACGAUAUAUUUCCAUGUCAAAUACACCAGGAAAGAAAUAUGUAUGUCGUGCUACCGUGACAAUGUCAUGGAUCUUUGGACUAAAUGCUCUGUGUAUGGGAUAACGUCUGUUGUCACCUAUUUUAUAAUGAACGGAUGCGUUUGUAUUCCAGCAGUUACAAGUUGCUUUAUGUUUAUUUUAUUAUCAAUUGUCGGCCAACAUUACAUACCAGACAUUAGGAAAGCGUUGACGGCUCCCUAUGGGUGCGAGAAAAAGGCAAUAUAUCGACUUGAUGAGCUGAAUGUAGGAGAUAUUGUCACUAUCCAGUACUGGGGCUUACCUCAUGACGUCAUAGUGACGGAGAUCCAUCCCAGCGACAGACGGAGAAAAGGCAAGAUUCGGGCUGUUCAUUACGCAUUAGAUAGUUUACUCUUCUCCACGAGGGAAGUUAAAGAAGAGUACUUUACAAUUACAUCGAACCAGGGCAAGUCGCCGAUCUUGAAACGACACGAAUGUGAGCAUUUGAAUUUGUUCUCGCCAGAAACUGCAGUUCUCCGCGCUAGACAGCGAACUGGCGAAAGAAAAUGGCAUGCGACCAAAAACCGUUCCGAUCAUGUCUGCUACUGGGCGAAAGUGAGGCCACAGUUAACUGAAGAAGACAAACCACAGGGAUUAGCACAGGGGCUGUCUGAUGCUGUUACAGGACAAAGCCAAUCUCCUCAUUUGAGCACGUUGUUAAUCGGAGAGCAUGAAGUGCAUCUAAGCAGCGAUAUUGAUAUAGGUGAUGUCGUUAGAGUUAAAGAGAUAGAAGGCAUUGUCGUUGGAAAGGACUGUAGUGAAAGAAAGAUGAAUUUACAGCUAAUAACGGUCAAGGGAUCUGUGAAGCAACUAAAUCAGUUUGUGAACCUUAACACUGACAAUGCAACUGUUCUGCAGUAUCAUCCUGCGCAUUGUCAUCCGAAAGCUACACGAGCAGAUCGUGCAAGACUGAUAAGACGCCAGAAAAUUUCAAUCCAAGAAUUUAUGGAUUUUUGUAUUUUGUUGAAAAGUUAAUGUCCGCUAUUACGUGUACAUGUACUUGGCAUCUUUAUGCAAGCUAGGUUGUUGAUAACAUAAUUAGUGCUACCAUAUUUGAACUACUAUUUUAUAUGAAAAACAUUUCUUAAUCAAAACAGUGAUACACUUAAUUGGCACACUCGGAAUCGAUUGUUUAGCGCGCAAAUUCAUUUAUUGGACAUCUAUAUUAGAAUCCUAAAUUAUACACUGGACGUGUUACUCCUCA